AUGGGCCUGAUGCUGCUUACUCGACACAAUGAUAGCAGGACCGGCUUGGCGUUUAUUGAUAGCCUCAAUGGUGCUUCUUCUGGUGGUAGGAGCCGUGGUUGGCUUUAUGGACCGCUCCACGCAUGGAUGCACGAGGAUCAAUGUUGCACUGCUGCUCCCCCUAGUCUUCCCACUGGCACCGGUCACGAAAUGCAGCAUUUCGGUAAAGGCGCUGUCCGUGUGGUAAAGAACUACACCAAGGGAUACUCGGAGACACAGUCUAAAGUGCGAGAUGCGACGUCGAACGAUCCGUGGGGCCCGAGUGGGACGCAGAUGAAUGAGAUUGCGCAGUUGACGUACAACCAAGGCGACUUUGUGGAGAUUAUGGAGAUGCUGGACAAGCGUUUGAACGACAAGGGCAAGAACUGGCGGCAUGUGUUCAAGGUGCGCAAGUUUACCGAGAAGAUGAUGGGCGUUGACCGUCAUCCACUCCAGAGUCUUACGCUGCUCGAUUAUCUGCUGCACCAGGGCUCUGAGAACGUCAUAAUCUACUUCAAGGACAACCUCUACGUCAUCAAAACUUUGAAAGAGUUUCAAUUUGUGGACGAGGAAGGGAAGGACCAGGGCGGGAAUGUGCGCGCCAAGGCUAAGGAUAUAACCAAUCUACUACAAGAUGAAAGCCGACUACGUACCGAGCGUCGCGCGCGAGCCAAUAUGCGCGAACGGAUGGUCAAGGGAUCUGGGGAAGAGGAUGGCAACACAGAUUUCGAUGCUCAUCGCCAUGCUGAUGAGAACGGCUCACGGAGGGCCGGGAAUCGCGGCGACGAUGACGAAAUGCGCAGAGCCAUCGAAGAGAGCAAGAAGUCUUUGCGUCAGGAUCAAAUGAAGAAAGAGGAAAAUGAGUUGGCGGAGGCGAUCCGGUUAAGUGAGGAAGAAGAGGCAAAGCGACUUAGAGGAAUCGAAGACAGCAAUGCGAAGUCACUCUUUGAUGACCAGACUCAAUUACCAGCCGCUUCGAAUAACCCAUUUCCUAUGUUCAAUGCACAACAACAGCAGCAGCAGCAGCAGCAGCAGCUUCAGCCUCAAUUUAUCCAGCCGCAAUUCACCGCUUUUAACCCAUACCAACAGCAAGCUGAGAUGGAGCAGCAACCGCCGCAGUUCAACCUGGGUGGAACAUACGACAAUGCGUCUACUCCGGUGCCUUCGUUCCAAAGCCCAAGCCCUCAGCCCCAGCAGCAGUCACCCGAGCCAACGUCAGGAUCUCGUUUCAAAGUCAAAGUCAAUGAUGGUGACAACCAGCAUCUCGCGUCACUGUUUGCCAACCGGGAAGAUGGACAGGAUACGUUUGGUAACACAGGCGCACUCAGGUACGGAACCACUGCUGCUGGAUUACGGGCUUUGCAGAAUUCGUCGUCUUCGGGGCACAACCCAUUCCAACGACAACAGGCUCAACAAAGCGAGCAGCCGUUCUUUAACAUCUAAUUCCUAACACGGAGUGCUUCAUGUAUUAUAAUGAUGGAUUCUCAAA